AUGGCGGCAUUGAAGUUCGUGCGAUCGGUAUGGGAGUCGUUUCGUGCCACUUCGGGCGUGGAGCCGCGGUUGAUUGACGGCUUGAAAAUAACAGCCGCCGAGCCCGGCAAAGUCAACUUCGAACUACCCAUUGAGAAGCAACACACGAACCGAUUAGGCAUAUUACACGGUGCGACCCUUGCGACGAUAGUCGACACCAGCGGAUCCCUUGCUCUCGCUUCUCGCGGCCUUUAUUCGACAGGUGUUUCAACGGAUCUGAGCGUGACCUACUUGAACUCGGGCGGAAAAGUAGGCGACCUGCUCAAGGGUGAAGUGGUCUGUGAUAAAUUUGGAAAGACACUCGCGUAUACUGCGGUCAGGUUUAUGAACAAAAACAACGAAAUCGUGGCCCGGGGAAGCCAUACAAAGUUUGUUGCUGCCGCUUGGAAGGAUGAGCGCAAUAUCACCGACCAGUUGAAGCCGGAGGUAAGCGAGUCGCAGGCAAGCGAAGCAACUAGGACAAGCUUUCCGAAGGUCAAAUGA